GCGGGGCUGGGACAUUCCUGGUUUGAUGACCAGCCUCGCCGCUGCCAUGAUUUGCUGAGCAACUCGACACUGGCUUCAAAGAUGCGUGCGCGGAGGAGGCAGCGGCAGAGACGCGCGCGGGGCUGCGGGAGAAGUUACAACGACGGGCUCAGGCAGGCGGCGAGAGUGUGACUUUACAAAGCCCGGGACACGUAACGCUUUUAGCCCAACACGCGGACUCUAAACUUCAACAAAAAAACAACAAAAAACCCCUCUCCACUACUUCCGCUCGUGCUUCCACCAGCGGGAGUUGUCGCACCUUGGCCCCGAAUCCUGCGCUGCUGCGCGGGUCUGAAAACUCUCUUCCCCCCCCCCCCCCGGUGACCUCCGUCUGUUUUCAUGUUCCUCCCGUCGUCUCGCACUUUGAGCCCGUGUCUAAUGGAGGGCCCCGUACGGAUUUGUCUCCAGAAGAAUGCGUUCUGCUGCUGAUUCAACUGACCGCUCGCAGCUUUCGCCCCUCCGCGAUAGAGGUUUGCCAAACAGACCAGAGUGUUCACGUUGGGCAACACGGCUGCUGGCAGGGGUCAAAGUGCAACAUGGACAGUGGCCUAAGGGUCCUCCUGUCCACUGUGCUGUGUCUCAGCCAGUCUGUGCUCAUCGGCUGCUCAUCUCAAUAUCCCUCUUUCCGCUCUGAGCCGGCCUCCUUGGUUCAGAGUCGAGGCUCCGUGGCUCGUCUGCUCUGCUUAGCGAGUCCACCAUCAGCGGCAGUUUCCUGGCGCUUCGGAGGCCGUCCCGUGGGCCAGGACACGCUGCCUGGCGUGGAGAUCCACGAGGGCUCCCUCACCAUCCCCUCCCUUCAGCCCGGCCACGUGGGCGUCUAUCAGUGUGUGGCACGCUUAGACCAUGGGCCGGCCAUCGCCAGCCGCCACGCUCGUGUGGCCAUAGCAGAAAUAUCCGAAUACGAGGACGGACGACGACGGUCGUUGUCCGUGCAGGAAGGCAGCUCUGUUCUUAUAGAGUGUCCUCUGCCGCACAGCGUCCCUCCGGCCCUUCCCAGACUACGGGUACGAGGGGAGCGGAUAGAAGUGUCAACAGAUGACUAUUUAGUGCUUCCGUCUGGAAACCUCCAGAUUAUCUCCGUUUCAGACCAGCACCAGGGCAUGUAUAAAUGUGGUGCAUUCAACCCUGUUACUCGGGAAACUGUCAUGCAGUCCCAUGGCACCAAGCUGUCAGUAAAACAUUCGGACUCCUCCCCCUCAGUGAGGAUAGUUUACCCCACUGCCCCGAAAACGGUUUCAGUGCAGCAGUCACAGCCACUGACGUUGGAGUGCAUCGUGUCCGGUAGCCCCCCGCCGGCAGCCAAAUGGUUUAAGAACGGUGAGGAGGUCACACCGGGGCCUUCUCCCCAAACGCGGCACAACAACCUGGCCUUUGUGGCGGUGACGAGGAGCGAUGCAGGGAGUUACGCCUGUGCUGCCGAGGCGGAGCACGGGACCAUGACCAGCGCUAACUAUACUGUUAAUGUUCUCGAACCCCUGUCCGUCGCGCAGGGCCUGGCCGACCAGUUUGUCUCUCGUGGCUCCACCACUCGAUUUAGCUGCGUGGCAACAGGAAACCCUUCCGCAAACAUCACCUGGCUGUUCAACGCCAACCCCAUCACCCCAUCGCGCCACUUCCAGAUCUCUGGAUCCUCACUCGUUAUUUCAGAUGUGACGCCACAGGACGAGGGCUUGUUUCAGUGUCUGUUGGACAACGGGAUCGGCUCUGCUCAGUCAGGUGGAAUCCUGACGACUCAAUCAUAUUCCCAGCUAGGCUCCACUGCCCCUAUGCUGCUGGAGGCUUCACCGUCGCUCCAUCCCAUGCAGAGCGACGAGGGCCACGAGCGCUUCCUCCCCGAAGACGAAGGCGAUGCCAUCAACCUGCCCGCCGACAGGAGUAGUGGCCGUCCUACUCCAGAGGCGCCGAUCAUCACCAGUCCGCCUCAGACUCACAAGCCUGAUGUGUACGACCUGGAGUGGAGGGCGGGGCGGGAUGGAGGGAGUCAGAUCAACGCCUAUUUUGUCAAAUACCGUAAGGUCGAUGAAAUGGGAACCGUGGUGGGGAACUGGCACACGGUCCGCGUCCCCGGCAGCGAGAAGACCCUGCGCCUGUCAGAGCUCGAGGCCUCCAGUCUCUACGAGGUGCUGAUGGUCGCUCGAAGUUCAGCAGGCGAGGGCCAGCCGGCCAUGCUCACCUUUCGCACCGGCAAGGAGAAAAGCGCCCCCUCCAACAAGAAUCCCUCCAAGCCUCCUGUCAUCUCCAUGCCCCCUAAAGCUCCAGAGGACAAAACCACCAACACACACUUUGGUGUCGUCAUACACGACAGAGUGCUCGAGGCCCCUGACCGGCCCACCAUCUCCAUGGCGACCGAAAGUUCGGUGUAUGUCACCUGGGUCCCGAGAGCCAAUGGCGGGUCUCCAAUCACAGCUUUCCGCGUAGAGUACAGACGCGGCCGCAGUGCAGAGUGGGUGGUGGCUGCGGAUAACAUCUCACCUCUCAAGUUGUCUGUGGAAGUUCGCAAUCUGGAGCCUGGUUCCUCCUACAAGUUUCGCGUGGCAGCCAUAAAUACGUACGGCGAGAGUCCUCACAGCAUUCCCUCGAAGCCGUACCAGGUGCCACAAGCCAGUCCGCGUAUCGCAGACCGCCCGGUGGUCGGCCCUCACAUCUCAUCCACGGACGCCAUCAGCGACACGCAGAUCAUGCUGCGCUGGACCUAUAGCCCUUUGACGAACAACAACACUCCAAUCCAAGGGUUCUACAUCUAUUACCGGCCCACGGACAGCGACAAUGACAGCGACUACAAGAGGGACAUAGUCGAAGGUGUAAAACACUGGCACAUGAUUGGACAUCUCCAACCAGAGACCUCCUACGAUAUCAAGAUGCAGUGCUUUAAUGAUGGGGGAGAGAGCGAAUACAGCAACGUCAUGAUCUGUGAGACCAAAGCACGUCAGUCCCCAGGGUCUCCCAGCCAGCACCCCGUCACCCCGCCUUACCCCCACCAGCCGGAGGCCCCCAGCCCACCCGGGGGACUCCUGUACCUGAUUGUGGGCUGCAUUUUGGGAGUGAUGGUACUCAUCCUGCUGGCUUUCAUUGCCAUGUGUCUUUAUAGGAAUCGUCAGCAGAACAACAUGCACAAGUAUGACCCUCCAGGCUACCUUUACCAGCCCGCAGAGAUGAAUGGCCAUGUCCUCGAGUACACCACUCUGUCCGGCACCAGUCGCAUCAAUGGGGGCGUCCACGGUGGCUAUGGGCUAAGCGGCCCCAUGUUACCCCAAGGGUGCCACCACCUCCACCACAAACUCCCCAACGGCUUGGCGAUGCUCAACGGCUCCGGCAGCCUGUUCUCACCGGGCCUCCCACACAACCACGAUGGCACCCUUCCCCGCGACUGCGAGCACUCGCAUCCCCACCACCACCACCACAACGGCGGAGGCAUGUACACGGCUCUUUCCCAAACAGAGUCCUCUGAUUGUAUGAGCUGUCAGAACCUCUGCAACAACAACAGAUGUUACAACAAGACCAACGGCACUUUCUCCAGCGGCACUCUGCCCGUAAUGCAUCGCGUGGCGCCCUGCCAGCAGGAUGGUCUGGAGAUGGUGCCUCUGGGCCAGGUUUCCUCGCAGUGCCACGGCCUCGACGGCCACGUGCACUCUGGUGACCAGGGAGCAGACGCGGGGUGCCCGGCGGACGAGCACAGCGAGUCCUCGACCUCGCAGCGUUCCUGCUGUCUGGUGGGCAACAAUGAAAACUGUACAGCAGACAAUACUGCUGAGGAGGAGCUGGAGUGCAUGGACACGGAGGGGCCUGUGUUGUGCUGGGAUAGUCUUGGCCUGAAAGACUUGGACUGUGACGAAAAGCCUGGGUGGAUCUCCAGCAGCAGCCUGGCAGGCGAGCUUAUCCAGCCCGGCCCACAGGAGGUCUGAACGAGGCCCACACACAAACACAAACACUCUCCUGCAGCGUGGAGGGCUUAGAGAAACCACCAAGACAAGGCUGGAGCAGACACAGGGAUGGAAAUGUCUCAGAGGAAGAGGACCAGGCGAGUCAGAGACACUGUUACAGUGACGAGGACACUAAACGCUCUGUGGACUGAGCUACGAUGAACAAAGUGUGGAAAGAGAGCGGCUAGAAGACACUGAGAGUGAAAUCCAAAAAGCAAAGGAGAAGUUGCUCAAAGACAGAAACGAUGUCCCACUUGGGGAAGACUCUCAUACGAUCAAAAACUCUUAUUUAUUUUUUGUAGUAGUAAAAUAUUAUUUCAUAUGAAUGUAUCUGUUUUAAAGUAAAAUGAGUUUGUCUUUUAUAUUAUUUAUGCCUUUUUGGAUGAGGAAUACUCUUACAUUUCUUGAUGUUGUUUUGUCCAUCUGUGUCCACCUCAAGUGUGGAGAUUAGCAAUUGUCCGUGUAAAGUUUUGUAAUAAUAUAAAGAGAAGAUAAGGAAGAGUAAACAAGAGUUUUCGAUGUCUUUCCCUCCCCUCCUUCAUGCGCGGCGCUCAAUGAAUGACUGCUGCAGUGAAAUUCCCGGCCUCGGUCCAAACCCAUUGAUAUUUCUGGCAGGCCUUUGAAGUGGCUCUCUGAUGGGCUGUUACACUGCAGUGACCCCUGGAUGGGGUGAACACUCCCUGCACUGUUCAGAUUAAGGGCUGCUGCUCUUUGCUUCAGUGAAUACUUGAUAGCUCGUCACUUAACGCAAAAUGCACUGUUGCUUCGAGAGCACUUUUCACUUACUGCCCCCGGUCUGUUAGAGAAGUAGGGAGGUUGCAUUCAAACUGAGUUGCUACGUGUGAGCAGCCUUCUUGUGCAAAUAAUGGCUUGUUAAAAUUUCUCUGCUGCAAGUAACCGAAUACUUUUGAAUUUUGUGAUGACGGGUAAAGUUUAUCUGACCAGGUGAUAUUCUGGUAUCUGGUAGGUGAGAAAAACAACUACAAUCUCAACACAAAUGGUGAAAAGGUGGCAGCAAAUGCCCCGUCAAUGUGGCAUUUAUUGUGCCACCAUGUUCUCCACUUAACCCCGACUAUCCUGGUUGUCAUUUUAUUGUAUCAACAAAGAAGUUAGCCCAUAUAAAUGAAC